CAUCUGUGGCCAUGUCGUCCUUCCUAAACAAAAUCCGACCGUCUGGCCGUCAAGAUACCGAGCCCGAAACGGUAACGGUGACCACCAAUCAGGACAUCGAGGAGCAGAUCCCCAUAGAAGCAGUCGCCCCUAAUAAAGACAAUAGUGGCGCUGACGUGCCGGACAAUGCAUCAGUGGAUAAAAUCCCCGAGGAUGCGGUAGUGGAUCGAAAUGCACAGGUUGGUGUACAGAAGAUCGAAGCUGUCACUCUUGCUUGGACGAAGAAGUCGUUAAUUCUUUUACUAUGCAACAUCUGGCUCAUCUUCUUCGUCAAUGGGCUUCGCGCUUCGGUUCUCGCCGCCUUCAAUCCCUAUGUCACGAGUGACUUCAGCUCCCACUCAUUGUUGGCCGUCAUUGGCAUUGUGACCGACGCAAUGACGGCUGCCAUGUACAUUCCAGUUGCCAAACUGAUUGACGUCUGGGGCCGCGACUCUGGUUUCCUGCUUAUGGUUGCUUCUUCGACGUUGGGUGUCAUCGUCAUGGCCACUGCCACAAACUUAGCUACGUACUGUGCUGCAAUUGUCUUCUACUCCAUUGGAUUCUCAGGCAUCAUCUACGUCGUAGCCGUGCUGGCCGCCGACGCAACCUCCCUCAGGAAUCGAGGCAUCGCCUUCGCCUUCACAUCCUCGCCGUAUAUGAUCACUGCCUUCGCGGGAUCCAAGGCCGCGGAAGCGUUCCUGCACAAUGUCUCCUGGCGAUGGGGCUACGGCUGCUUUGCCAUCAUUGUGCCAGUCGUGUGUGCGCCCAUGUACAUCACGCUGAAGCUGAACCUACGCAAGGCGAAGAGGCAGGGUUUCUACGAGGAGGUCAAGAACCCCUUGACGCUUCAGCUUGUCUGGAAGAAGAUUGUCGAAUUCGAUCUACCUGGUGUAUUCCUCUUCGCCGGCGGUCUAACCAUCUUUCUCCUCCCCUUCACGCUCGCGCGCUCCGCCCCGAACGGCUGGAACACCGGCUACGUGAUCGCGAUGAUAAUCCUCGGCUUCUUCCUCCUCAUCCUCUUCGGCGUGUACGAAACCUACUGGUCCCCCGAGCCCUUCCUCAAAAACAAAUUCCUCACCGACCGCACCGUCGUCGCUGCGUGCCUCAUCGACGCCACCUACCAAAUCUCCUACUACUGCUGGAACGGCUACUUCCUCUCCUUCCUCCAAGUCGUCUGCAACCUGUCCGUCUCCCAAGCCGGCUACGUCAACAGCACCUUCCAAGUUGUCUCCGGCGUCCUCCUCUUCAUCGUCGGCUACGCCGUCCGCUGGUCCGGCCGCUUCAAAUGGCUCUUCUACGUCACAGUCCCCAUCUACACCUUCGGGCUCGGCCUCAUGAUCCACUUCCGCCAGCCGAACCAGCCGAUCGGAUACAUCGUCAUGUGCGAGAUCUUCAUCUCCAUCGGCGGCAGCGUCUUCAUCCUGCUCGUCCAGCUCGCCGUCCUCGCCGCCGUAGACCACCAGUACGUCGCCGCGGUGCUCGCACUCCUGUACGUCAGCGGGUCCGUCGGCGGCGCGAUUGGGAGCACCAUUUCCGGCGCGAUAUGGACGAACACCUUCCUGCCUGCGCUCAUGCGGAAUUUGCCGGACGAGGAGUUGCCGAAUGUAAUCAAUAUUUACUCGAACAUCACGGCGCAGUUGAGCUACCCUGUCGGGAGUGUCGAGCGGAUUGCGAUUCAGGAGUCGUAUGGGUUUGCGCAGGCAAGGAUGCUCGCGGCGGGCGUGGGUAUAUUUGGUCUGGCGUUCGUGUGGAUGUUCAUGGUGAGGAACUUGAAUGUCUCGCAGAAGACGGGGCAGACUAAGGGAAUGGUCUUUUAG